CUUAAAAUAUGAUGGAGAGGCAAUAUAGUUUUUCAGUAAAUGUGAAAUCAUGAUUAUUAUACCAAAUUUGACUGUACAUUCCACGUAAAGGAAUCAGCAAAACGCUCUAGUAAUUUUCGGCAAAUUGAACAUCUUUUCAGUUAUAAUUUAGAUGUAACAAGGUAUCUAGUGUGUGACUGAGGAGUUUUAGUGAAAUAUAGUUUAAAAACAUAAACAGUAUGGAGCAGGAGCUUAAAGAUCUUUGUGACCUUUUAUUUCCAAAUUCGUCAGAAAAUGUUGAAUAUUAUGCAGAAAUCUUGGAUUAUAUUAAGAAGUUAGGAUCUCAAAAUUGGGAGCACAUACAGAAGGAGCCAGAGAGACUUAAGGAGGAAAUGAGACACUUGACUGAACAAACUCAAGACUUGGCUUUUACAAAUUAUAAGACAUUUGUUGAAACUGCCGACAUAUCCCGCACAAUAACUAAUGAUUUGGUCCAAUCCAAGGAGUCUUUGGGACAAUUCCUCAAAGCUGCACCAGCUUUUGUAGAACAAUGUGAAAAUUUCUCACAAGUUGCUGGUAACAUACUACAGGAUAAAAAGAGAUACAGUAGCAUCAGAAAUCAGAGUGAGAAGUUAUUGGAGCUCCUGGAACUACCAUCAUUGAUGAGAGAAGCACUUAAUUCAGAGGACUAUGAGUGUGCUUUAGAUAUUUUUACAUUUAUUCGCAAUUUAUCAAAGAGAUAUGCGGAAAUUCCUAUUGUACAGAACACAACUAAUGAGAUAAUGACUUUGUGGUUCGAGACUCUAUACCACCUGUUCAACCAACUGCAUUAUGACCUUCCUUUGCCGCAGUGCUUGCAGAUUCUAGGAUACUUAAGGCGAGCCAACACAGUGUUUAAGUCUACAGAAGAUGAAAACAUUCACCCCGUGGGUCUCAAGUCACAAAAUAUGGACAUGUCAGAUGGCCUUGCACUACACUUUCUGAAAGCGAGAAACGCUUGGUUUGAGAAUGCACUGGAAGAAGCAAAGUCAACUGAAACAACAGACAAACUGCUACGGAAGCUGGUGGAACUACACAGGGUGCACCUAUUCAAUGUUAUAACUCAACACAAGUCCAUAUUCCUGUCGGAUACUCAAGACUCCAAUAUGAGGGAUGAUGAGCUAAAUGGCAACAGUGCUCUAUCGUGUUGGUUAAAGGAGAAGGUAGAAGAAUUGGCGCAAUUAUUAAACCAGGACUUGUGGAAAGAAGAUGAGACAGGUUUUGAGUCUAUAUUCAAUCAAUGCAUGUACCUCUGUCUCUCGUUCGGGAGAGUUGGCGCGGAUUUUCGUUGCGUCUUAACUCCGCUGUUUCGGAACAACAUCCUCACUCAAUUCCACACCGGUAUCGAAAAAGUCAACAACCAGUUUGAGAAUACUAUGAAGGUUUACAAAGUGCCGAGUAUAAAGAAUGUACCGAGGCCGACGAGCGAAAGCACAGCGUCGGGACCACCAGAAAACUUAUUGGACUACUAUCCCUUGGCGGAGCUCUGCAAUGGCCUACUUGGACUUUUGAACUCCCUACGUCUGACUGCUCCUCUAAACAUUGUGAAGGAUGUCUACAAUAGCUUCCGCGAUUCUUUCGAGAAGGCUGCGCAGAUAUUAGCGGCGUUUUACCACAAGGAGCAGCAAGCGUACAGCGACAUUGAGAGCCAAAACUUCGUGUCGUUUUGCGUGUGCUUCUCCGAGGAUUUGGUGCCGUAUAUUACAAAAUGUCUGUCCCAGUCGUUCCCGCCUACUCAAAUAGCUGAACUGCUCGGUAUUACGCUAUCGACUCUACAGGACAGUAAAAUAUUGCACCUCGACCAGCAUGAAAUUUCCCAACCCCUCAUACCUAUUAUAGGAAACAAUUUAAUAGAUUAAAGUUUAUUUAUAUUGCUUA